AUGUUUAAAAGAGCCUUCAGUUCAACUAGUCGUAGAGCUAAUCUCUUCGGAGAAGGAAAAACUAUAAGACAUACCCGUUUCGAAGCCCCUUCAGGUAAGGGUCAAACAGCAUCUAACCCUGUUGAUUUAUUGAAGAAAAAUGAUAUUUUGAUGUUUUCCAAUAAACCUUUAAAUUAUAUAGAAAGUAUAAAAGAUGACGGAUUUCAUUUAUCAAGUAGAAUCUAUAUAAAGAGUCCCAAUGAUAAAGGUGACAUUAUUGGGGCUUUAAUGUUAGAAAGUGAAGCUUUUGAAGUUAAUUUAGGUCAAGCAGGUGUUGAAAUCAUCAAAAAUGGUAAAGCAGAAGUGAAAGAUCCAAUAACAAAGUUCUCAGGAGUUAAGUUAAUCAACGGAUUCAUGGUUGAAUUCAAUGAUGAAAUAUUGGAGAUUUUUGAUAAAAUAAAUCCUAAACCUGAUAUCUUGGUCGUUGGAUUAGGAAGAAAGUCUCGUAUGUUAAGUGAUAAAAAUAGGAAGUUUUUCAGCUCAAUAGGUAUUCAAUUGGAAGUUGGAGAUUCUUUCAAUUCAGCCAAAGCCUUUGAUUUAUUAGCUACCGAAAGACCCAACACCAUUGGGGCUUUAUUAUUACCACCAAAUCUUUAA